AGUUAAAAUUACCCGUCUCCCCUUUUGACCCGACCCUAACCCACUAAUUUAACCCAUACCAAUUAAACCCCAAUACAAUUUUUUCCGACUGAUAGAUUCAACAGUCAAAGAAGUUGAAGCUGAUGAAGGUUUAGGAUCUCGAAGAUCACAAAUUCAUAGAUGGAAGAAACUGCCGGAGAAAUUUUAUUUGAGACACGACAUCAUGCUUCUAGCCCAUAUAUUUCCAAUUAUCCUCCAAAUCAUCAACAGUUGAAUCAAGACGCCAAAGGCAGUUAUCUUUCAAGAUUGCUUUCUUCCUCAGGUAUAUCCCAGCUCAAGGAGAAAUGGAGAAAGCAUGGGCAUCCAGCAAAAGUAAGGAGAUAUGCAUCCUUGUUUGUUUCCCCAAGAGGUGAUCUUGUGGCUGUAGCAUCUGGGAAUCAGAUAACAAUCCUGCAGAAGGAUGGUGACUACCAAAAACCUUGUGGAAUAUUUAUCUGCAAAAGCAUUACUUCAUUCCAUUGUGGGGCUUGGUCUGAAACUCAUGACGUUCUUGGUGUUGCUGACGAUAGUGACACAAUCUAUCUCAUCAGAGCUAAUGGUGAGGAAAUUACCAGAAUUUCCAAGGGUCAUAUAAAAAGCUCUUCACCAAUUGUUGGCCUGAUGGUGCAGGAUGAUGCUGAUUUGAAGAAAUCUUGCUUGUGUACCUUCACUAUAAUUACAGCAGAUGGGUUGAUUCAUGACAUUGAGAUCAGUCAAGAUCCAAGUGCAUCUGUUUUCUCCCCCCUUGCCUCGAGCAGUGGGACGAUGCUGAAGAAAUUUCCACAGGAUACGAUCUGCCUGGAUUACCAGCCAGAAAUGAGCUUAUUUUCCAUAGUUAGCAGUGCUGGCGGUUUACAGCUAACUACUAAUGGAUUAUACAGUCUUUCUCUUUGCCGGAAAAGGGGAAACUUAGCCUUGGAAGUUGUCGUUUCUACUCAGUUUGAGGGUAUCUAUUCUAUCCCGAAAGAUUAUGUCGGUCAUAUAACUUCCUCUAAGGUGUCAAUAUCACCACAGGGAAGAUUUGUCGCUACUCUUGAUAUGGGAGGAUCUUUGAAUACCUUUAAGUUUGAUGAGGAACAACGUUCUCUCUCAAAAUGUUCUUAUGGAGAGGGAAAUGAAUUACAUCAGGGAAAUAAGCAGUCAAAUAAGGGGAACAUUCUCGUGAAUGGGGUUACAGAUUUUGCCUGGUGGUCUGAUGGUAUACUCGCCGUUGCAGAAAGGAAUGGCAACGUCACUAUGAUUAAUAUAUGUACCGGUGCUAAGCUAUGUAAGAAGGAUGAGACUAUGUAUUCAUUGCCCCUUUUAGAGAGAGUGCCACAGUUGUCGGGAAAGCUUUUUCUACUGGAGACAAAACCAUCCAUUCAGAACAAUGGGUCGACUAAAGAAAUUAGAGCAAGUAACUUUCAGCUCAUGGAGUGUGAUUAUGGUGAUAUGAAUAAUAAGUUUGACUGGGCGAAUUUCCGAUGGAGCUUAGUUUCAUUUUCUGAACGAUCCAUUUCUGAAAUGUAUGAUAUAUUUAUCUCCAGACAAGAGUAUCAGGCUGCUCUCAUGUUUUCCGAUCAGCAUGGGCUAGAUAAAGACGAAGCUCUAAAGGCACAGUGGUUGCACUGCUCCCAGGGUGUAAAUGAGAUAAAUACACUACUUUCAAAUAUCAAGGAUCAAGUUUUCGUACUUUCUGAAUGUGUAGGUCGAUUUGGACCAACUGAAGACGCAGUUAGAGCUUUGCUUGAUCUUGGUCUUCGCAUAACUGACCGUUACAGAUUUUCUGAGCCUGAGGUUGAUGAUCAUAGUAAGGUGUGGGAUUGUCUUGUGGCAAGACUUAAAUUGUUGCAAUACAGAGACCGGAUAGAGACAUUUCUUGGGAUAAACAUGGGCAGGUUUUCUUUACAGGAGUACAAGAAAUUUUGUAGUUUGCCCAUUAAAGAAGCUGCAAUUGCACUUGCAGAAAGUGACAAGAUUGGGGCAUUAAAUCUUCUCUUUAAGCGUCAUCCUUACUCGUUAACUUCCUCGUUGUUGGAUGUCUUAGCUGCCAUCCCUGAGACUGUUCCGGUGCAGACUUAUGGACAGCUCCUUCCUGGGAGUUCCCCUCCUCCAAGUAUUUCUUUGAGGGAAGAAGAUUGGGUUGAGUGCGAUGAGAUGGUAACUUUUGUUAUCAGCAGAGUACCUGAGAGUCAUGAGAGCUAUACUCAGAUCAGAACUGAGCCAAUUGUAAAACAAUUUAUGGGGUCUCAAUGGCCUUCAGUAAGUGAACUCUCGUCUUGGUACAAAAAGAGAGCCAGAGAUAUUGAUUCCCUAAGUGGGCAACUUGAUAACUCCAUGUGCUUGAUUGACUUUGCUUGUCGCAAAGGCAUUUUUCAAUUGCAGCCUUUCCUAGAGGAUAUUUCUUACUUACACCAGCUAAUCUAUUCUGAGGAGAAUGAAGAAAUGAAUUUCUCCAUGAGUCUUACUAGAUGGGAAAGCUUACCUGAUUAUGAAAAAUUUAAAUUGAUGGUGAUUGGGGUCAGAGAAGAUACUGUUAUUAAAAGACUACAUACUAAAGCAAUUCCAUUCAUGAAAAAGAGGUUUCACUCUUUGACUGUGCCUUCCAGAGAUGAAAAAACAGAUUACUCAGCUGAGUCAUUUCUGGUCAGAUGGCUGAAGGAGAUCGCCUCUGAGAAUAAAUUGGAGAUGUGUUCAGUUGUAAUUGAAGAGGGUAGCAGAGAGGCCCAGAAUAAUAACCUUUUCCAUAAUGAGGCUGAGGUUGUAGAUUGUGCUCUUCAGUGCAUAUACGCUUGCUCUGGUACAGAUAGGUGGAGUACGAUGGCCUCCAUUUUGUCUAAACUUCCAUUUUCCACGUGCUGUGGUAACUUACAGAAAAAGAUAAGAAAUAAUUGUUCAAAUUGUGGUUUAACAGAUUCUGAAGCGGCGAGUCUCAAGGAAAGGUUGAGACUCACAGAAGGUCAUAUUGAAGCAGGAAGAAUAUUGGCGCUUUACCAGGUCCCAAAGCCUAUCAGCUUUUUCCAGGAGGCAUAUUCUGAUGAAAAGGGUGUAAAGCAGAUAAUUCGUCUCAUUUUAUCCAAAUUUGUUCGCCGACAGCCUGGACGAUCAGAUAAUGAUUGGACAAACAUGUGGCUUGACUUGCAGUCUUUGCAAGAGAAAGCAUUUAGCUUCAUAGAUCUUGAGUAUGUCUUGAUGGAGUUCUGCAGGGGAUUGCUGAAAGCAGGAAAAUUUUCACUUGCGAGGAAUUAUUUGAAAGGUGUGGGUUCAGUGUCGUUGGCAAAUGAUAAAGCAGAAAACCUUGUUAUUCAAGCUGCCAGAGAAUAUUUCUUCUCAGCGUCUAGUCUUUCUAGUUCUGAAAUUUGGAAGGCUAAAGAAUGCUUGAAUAUCCUUCCAACUAGCAGAAAUGUGAGGGUGGAGGCUGAUAUAAUUGAUGCUGUAACUGUUAAACUUCCCAACCUUGGUGUCACCUUGUUGCCAAUGCAAUUCAGGCAAAUUAAAGAUCCGAUGGAAAUAGUUAGGUUGGUUGUUACAAGUCAAGGUGGAGCUUAUCUGAAUGUCGAUGAGAUUAUUGAACUAGCCAAACUUCUUGGGUUAAGCUCGUACGACGACAUAUCAGCUGUACAAGAAGCUAUUGCAAGAGAAGCUGCAGUAGUUGGAGAUCUCCAACUGGCUUUUGAUCUAUGUCUUGUUUUGGCCAAAAAAGGGCAUGGUUCGGUCUGGGACUUAUGUGCAGCACUGGCAAGAGGUCCUGCCCUUGAGAACAUGGAUAUUUCUUCCAGAAAACAGCUGUUAGGUUUUGCUUUGAGCCACUGUGAUGGGGAAUCAAUUGCUGAGUUACUACAUGCAUGGAAAGAUCUGGAUAUGCAAGAUCAAUGUGAAUCUUUAAUGGUGUUGACUGGGACAGAACCUGAAAAUGCCUUAGUUCAGGACUCAACUAUGUCCUAUAAACCACCUUGUACGCCAGAUAAAACAGACUUAAAGGAGUGUUCUGACCAGGAAGCACAACUUAAGCAGAUUGAAAAUGUACUCUUUCAGGUAGCCAAAGAUGUACAGGUGGAUGGUGAUUGGACCAUUCCGUCCAUCUUGAGAGAAAAUGGAAAACUAUUGUCAUUUGCUGCUGUGUAUCUUCCAUGGUUACUUGAACUGAGUCAAGAAGCAGAAAAGAAUAAGAAAUUCAAAUCCAGCUUAUUUUCAGGGAAUCGAUAUGUCAGUCUAAGAGCACAGGCAGUGAUGACUAUCUUGUCCUGGUUGGCAAGGAAUGGUUUUUCCCCAAAGGACAGUUUGAUUUCCUGUGUUGCUAAGUCCAUUAUGGAGUCGCCUGUCUCUGAGGAGGAAGACAUCCUAGGAUGCUCUUUCUUAUUAAAUCUUGCCGAUGCCUUUUCAGGGGUGGAUAUAAUUGAAAGAAACUUGAUAACAAGAGAGAAUUACAAUGAAAUAACCAGCAUAAUGAAUGUUGGGAUGAUCUACAGUUUGUUGCACAAUUGUGGAAUCAAGUGUGAGGACCCUGCACAAAGGAGGGACUUGCUUCUGACAAAGUUCCAGCAGAAACAUAAACUGAUCUGCUCAGAUGAAAAAGAACAAAUAGACCAAGCACAAUCUACAUUUUGGAGAGAAUGGAAACUGAAGCUAGAAGAGCAAAAGCGCAAUGCAGACAGUUCAAGGAGCUUAGAACAAAUUCUCCCUGGUGUUGAAGCUUCUCGCUUCUUAUCUGGGGACAUGGACUACAGAGAGAAUGUUGUUUUAUCAUUUAUCGAGUCCAUGACCCCAGAGAAGAAACAGAGUGUGAAGGAUGUACUGAAGUUGGCCAAUACUUAUAGCUUAGAUUGCAACAAGGUGCUGAUGCAUUAUCUGAGAUCUAUCUUUGUUUCUGACACUUGGAGCACUGAUGAUGUUAGAAAUGAAGUGUCAAAUCACAGAGAAGAACUUCUUGCUUGUGCUGCAGAAACAAUAAAAUGUAUUUCCUCGUCGAUCUACCCCGCAGUUGAUGGACAUGAUAAGCAGAGGCUUUCUCUAAUAUAUGGCCUGCUCUCUGACUGCUACUUGCAGCAAGAUGAACAAAAGGAUCCAAUACAUCCUCAUUCUAUUCAUAUUGCUCGUUUUUCCAAGAUUGCUGAAGAAGAAUGUUUCAGUGUGUCCUGUAUCGAGGAUCUGAACUUCAAAAAUGUUGCUGGAAUUCAAGAUUUGAACUUGGAUUGCUUCAACAGUGAAAUUUCUGCUCACAUCAAUGAAAACAAUGUUGAGGCAUUGGCAAACAUGGUCAAGAACCUUCUUCGUGAUGGUCCUGUGCCUGAUGGUCUCUUGUCUUGGCAGCAUGUAUAUAAACAUCAUGUUUUAAGUUUGUUGACAAAGUUGGAAGCUAAAGCUGAACCGGGGGUCGAUAUUCAAAGCUCUGAAAGUCUUCAUUGCUUAAUCAGUGAGAUUGAGCAGACUUACAAUACCUGCUGCAAAUACUUAAAAUUUGUCCCAAAUCCUGCUCGUCUGGACAUUCUGAAACGAUUCUUGGCCAUCAUACUACCUGCUGAAGGAUCUUUCAAGUCUCUUCCCUGUGGCUCAGGUUGGCAGGUGUGCCUUGCCAUGCUUGUGGAUACUUGGCUCAGAAUGUUGAAUGACAUGCAUGAAGUUGCAGUCCUUGAGAAUUCAGAAGAAAGAUUGUGCUUAGAAUGUAUAAUGAUGUGUCUGAAAGUUUUUGCACGUCUAGUUGCUGGGGAAAAAGUUUCAUCUAGUCAGGGGUGGGCUACAGUUAUUGACUAUGUAGGCUAUGUUCUUGUUGGUGAUGUCGCUGCUGAAAUGUUCAAUUUCUUCAGAGCGAUGGUUUAUGCUGGUUGUGGCUUUGGAGCCGUUGCAGUUGUGUAUGAUGAAGUCAUGACUCACUUCCCACAUGAAGCUGGAUCGCUGACCGACUUAAAAAAAGAAGCUGCCAGCAUCCAGAAUCUUCGAUAUCUCUAUCUUAGUAUCUUGAAGACCAUCUUGCAGGAGUUGACUGACGAAUCCUGUGAGCAUCAGUGUCUACACUGUUACUUGUCAUCUUUGAGUAAAUUAGAUGGUGACUUGGAUAAUCUGCAGAGUGUUAGACAGGCAGUUUGGGAGAGAUUGGAAGAGUUCUCUGAGAACUUUCAGCUUCCCAACCAUGUUCGAGUUUACAUACUGGAGCUUAUGCAACUUAUUGCAGCUACUGAUAAAAGCAGCAAAAGAUUUUCGUCCAAGCUACAGGUGGAAGUUCAUUCUUGGGAAGGUUGGGAUAAUACGCAUAAUGUAACUGCAAACUGUGAGAACACUGCCACUGAUGGGAUUUCAAAUAAGAUAGAUACAUCUAAUAAGUUCACAAAUACCUUGAUUGCUCUAAAAUCUACACAGCUGGUCUCCACUAUUUCUCCCAACAUAGAGAUCAGACCAGAAGAUCUUUCAACUGUGGAAUCUACCGUGUCUUGCUUCCUUGGAGUAUCUAAAUUUGCUGAAUCUGAAUCCCAUGUUGACGCAUUAUUAGCUAUGCUCCGAGAAUGGGAGGGGCACUUUAGUAGGGAAGAAAUGGAAAAGGAUUCUGGUGAGGUAUCUGAUGGUGGAAACAGUUGGGGUAAUGAUGAUUGGGAUGAGGGAUGGGAAAGCUUCCAAGAACCGAAUGAAGAAGAACCAAAGAAGGGUGCUAAACUUUCAGUUCAUCCUCUUCAUGUCUGUUGGAUGGAGAUAUUCAGAAAACUACUAACUAUAUCCCAAUACAACAAAAUGUUGAAAUUGCUAGACAAAUCAGUGGCAAAGCCAGGCGAAGUAUUACUAGACGAAGAGAGUGCUCAAGGUUUGAGCCAGAUUGCAGUUGAAAUAGAUUGCUUUCUAGCCCUUAAGUUGAUGCUCUUGUUGCCAUACGAAGUAAUGCAGUUGCAGUGCUUGGAAUCUGUCGAGCAGAAGCUGAAACAAGAAGGCAUAUCUGACAAAAUUGGCGUGGAUCUUGAAUUUUUACUUCUCAUUUUAUCUUCUGGAGUCAUAUCAACUAUCAUCACCAAAUCUUCAUAUGGUACCACAUUCUCUUAUAUUUGCUUUAUGGUGGGGAACUUCUCUCGACAGUGCCAAGAGUCCCAGUUAUCAAGUUCCGGAUGUGGUGAAUCUGCAGAAAGUGAGAGUAUUUCAAAAUAUUAUAUUGAUCUUUUCCCAAGACUGAUCUUUCCCUGCUUCGUCUCGGAGCUUGUGAGGUCAGGGCAGCAGGUUUUAGCAGGAUUUCUUGUUACCAAGCUUAUGCAUUCAAAUCCUUCUCUUAGCUUAAUCAACAUAGCAGGUGCUUGUCUCACAAAGUAUUUGGAGAGGCAAAUACAACAACAACAUGACAGCAACCCCUCCUUUAGAGAUGGGGUGGGAUCGUCUGAACCAUUGGUAAAUACGAUAUCCAGUUUGAGGGAUAGGAUGCAAAACCUGAUCCAAUCCUCACUAGCGUCGCUUUCGCAUGAUCAUAGAUGAUUAUAACAUUUGAGUUUUCCCUUUUGUUUUUGUUCAUAUGCCAGUCAUUGUUCUUUGAAAUCUUUGUACAAACUCUGUAGCCAGAACAUUUUAGCAAUUUUGCUGGAGCGUAAAUGGUGAUAUAUUCAAAAGGGAAUGAUAUUUGUAUACCAAAACUCAAGUAACUCGAAUUGCAUCCCUUUGUACAUAAAUAUUUGGGCAAUGGAUCUAGUUUCAGAACAAAAGGUUAUCUGCA